CAUACUCCUUUCUUUUCCAUGAAUAAAAGAGAGCAGGGUCGCGUCAACAGUUAACUGAGGCAGUCUCUCUCAGGCGGGAUCGUCCAAACUAAAAACCACAGAAAUUUAAAACUUCUAUCGUACUCUGCAUUCCCAUCGCACGCCCUCUGUCUCCCCCAUCACAAUCUACUCUCUCUCUCUCUCUCUGAUUGUUCAUGUGUAUUUCUCUAGCAGGGGAGGUUCAGAAGGUCAGAGAAGAGAGAGAGGAAUUGAAGAAAUAGUUUGUACGGAGCUUGUUUGCAACUGCUGCAAUGAGCAGCACCACUUCCCUCCUCCCAUUCUGGAGGAAACGCGACGACGAUGGGAAAUUGAAGGGGAAGGUGGUUUUUCGACCCCACAAUUACUGCAUUCCUCUCCUCUGUUUCUGCAUCGCGGUUUCGGGCAUUCUCCUCUCUGCUUAUGCUCUCCUCAGACCCAAGCCUGUCUACAUAUUCAGGUGCGGUCGAGCCCAGGACACUCUCAGGACCUUCUUAGCCUCCUCCCACUAUCAAAAUUCUCACUCUAAUUCUCAUUCUGAUCCAUUGGUGGAUCGACCCAAGCUCUUGGGCAUGGUGGGUAUUCAGACUGGCUUCUCCUCCAAAGAUCGACGUCAAGCUCUUAGAGAGACAUGGUUUCCUUCUAACCCUGAUGGCCUAAUCAGCCUGGAACAUUCGACUGGUCUGGCAUUCAGAUUUGUCAUCGGACACACAAAAGAUGUGAAGAAAAUGGCAGAACUUGAGGAAGAGAUUGAGAAAUACAAUGAUUUCAUGGUGAUAGAUGUUGAAGAGGACUACUUAAAACUCCCCUAUAAGACAUUGGCAUUCUUCAAAGCUGCUUUCGAUCUUUUUGAGGCAGAGUUUUAUGUCAAAGCCGAUGAUGACAUAUAUCUCCGACCAGAUCGACUUGCAACCCUUCUAGCUAAGGAACGUCCUGACACUCGAACUUACAUUGGAUGCAUGAAAAAGGGCCCUGUAAUCACAGAUCCGAAGAUGAAAUGGUUUGAGAAGUCAGGCCACUUACUUGGGAAUGAGUAUUUCUAUCACGCUUAUGGGCCUAUAUAUGCCCUGUCCGCAGAAGUGGUGGCAUCUCUGGCAAUUGCUAGGAAUGACAGCUUGAGAAUGUUCAGCAAUGAGGAUGUAACUGUUGGAUCAUGGAUGUUAGCCAUGAAUGUUAAUCAUGAAGAUAACCGAGCCAUUUGUGAUCCUCGAUGCACGCCAACUUCAAUUGCAGUGUGGGACCUGCCCAAGUGUUCAGGUUUAUGUAAUCCAGCAAAUAGAAUGAGGGAGCUUCACAAGAUUAGUAUGUGCUCAAAAAGUCCAACGUUGCUGCCUGAGAAGGACAGGAAGUGAGUCAUAUUGUGGAUGACUCAGUUGCUCCAUGUAAGAGGGGAAGAGCUAACUCAUAUCUGAGUUCAGCAGGUGUAGUGUAAAAAUUAUUAUUUUUUCAUUUGAAAGAGAACAAUCUUUCUGUGAUGUACCACAUUGUAAAAGGCUUAUUAUAUCUGUUCUUUCUACUUCAGUCAAUAUUGUUUGUUCUUUUUCAAUAAUUUUUUCCAUUCCAUGUUUUAGACCUGUAACUUUCAGCAGCAUUAUCUGUGUAAACAUACUUACAUUUUGUUAGGCUAGAUAUGGGAUUCUGUCAUAUUGCUGGUUUAAAAUGUAUUGAUUUGUCGCGCUCUUUAAUAUGUUUGAUGU